UUUCGCAACAGUAUUGUCACACCGCCGUUCUUUUUCGCGGACAUUUUACAAAUACACGCGUUAUUUUGUUAAGUGUCGUUUUAAUUUUUAAUGCGUACAAAAUUCAAGUUAAAAAUAUACAUAAACAAUUAAAUAUGUCAUUAUUCGUAUUGGAUGUCGCUGGCGACACCCAUUUACUGGAACGUAAAUCACAUGGCACAGCUGCGGUUGAAAACAACCCGCAAUGGCGUACUAUGGAAGAAAAUGUCCAGUCUGAUAGACUAACACUAGAAAAUGCAGAAGAGGUAGAUGAGGUUGAAGAUGAUGUAGACUAUUUUGGUUUACCACCGCUUAAUAUAGAUAUUUCGGAAAUUAUUAAGGAGGAACUUUCAAAACUAGCGAAACCAAAAAGCGAGCUAGAAGAAAAAUUAGAUAAACUAACAAAUAGAAUAGAUGAAGUUAUAUUACAAAUGAAGGAAGCCCCCAUUAAGAUUCCUAAAAGAGGCUGCAACAAAAUGGAUUUCUCCGAUUACAAUCCAACUACAGGAAAAUUUGAUAUAGAGCAUAAAAUAAAAACCGAUGUAGAGAAAGAAAUGGCAAAAUCUCAAUUAGGACCCGAUUUUGAUAAAAUGAAGGAGCAUCCCUUUUUAAACAAGAAAAAACAACGUGAAAUUAAAAGGGCUGAACGUUCGAAGACAAAGGGUGCAGGCUGGUACAAUUUACCUGCGACAGAAAAGACGGAAGAAACUACGAAUGAACUUAAAAUUCUACAAAUGCGUUCUGUAUUAGAUCCCAAGCAUUUCUACAAGAAGAAUGAUCUAAAAGUCCUGCCCAAAUAUUUCCAAAUUGGAACUGUGCAACACUCGCCUUUGGACUACUACAAUGAGCGAGGUACGCGCCACAAAAAGCGUUCGUUAGUGGAUGAUUUAUUAGAAGACGAAACUGCGAAGAAUUAUACAAAACGAAAAUUCAAAGAAGUAGUUGCGCGCCGUGAAAAGUAUGCACACCGGAAAGCAAUGCAGAAAAUGAAAAAGCAAAAGAAAAAUAAGUCUUAAUAUUUGUUAUAGUUAUUUUUUUAUUUUUAAAUAUAAUUAAAUUAACAAGUUUUAAGAUAAAACAUCA